UUGUUACAAUGUAGCAAUUUCUCAAUUAAUCGCAAUAACUGCUACAAAGCUGCAUUUAUCCACGCAGUGCGAGUGCCGCCGCUUCGUGCAUGGCGGUCGGCGUCGACUCGCCACACUGCCGCACGGCCCGCCUAAAACGGGGGGCUCCUUUUUCCCUGCGAAUUCCCAAGCAUACCCCCCUCCAUCCAAGAGUAUUCCAACAUUAACUCAUAUUUUUCUGCUCUCUGGCUGACAUAGGUUUGGCUCUGUGCUCCUUUUGGCGUAUUCCACAUCCGUGCUACUUGCUGCGUCUCUGCCCGAGUGUGAACGCGCAAGCUCGGGCGUUUAAACCGCCUCCGCUGGCGGUUUGUUUUGAAUGUCAAAGGCUCCCGAGCUAGCGAUACACGUACGAAUAUUGUUGGUAGCCUAGCUCGGGCUAACCAGCUAAGGCUAACUAAACAUAACUCGCAGGAUGGGACAAAAUACCGGCGUUACAGCUGAAGCGUGUUAGUUUUAUUCUUCACGCGGACACCUUGUGUGCGAUUUGGGGUUGUUAUCGUAAGCGUAACAUGACGAAAAUGUUAUUACACAGACGGAUAUAUUGGGGGGAUGCGAGUUAGCAUGUAGCUAAAAACGUCUCCCAUUCAUAUCCUGCACACUGGCGCCGCUAAAUGCUAAUAUCCGCCGCCUUUGUAGAGAGGGCAAGUGGGGCUACGUAGGAUUUUUGGGGUACGGAGUAGGGAGUGUAUUGGUAUAUGUUUAUGUGCUAGGGUGGUCUCCUCCCGAGAUCACAACGAAAAAGAUCUCGGGACGCCAAGAAUCCGCGCGUUUUCACUUUGUUUUCUUUUGACUUGCAGAUUACUUGGCCAAUAAUUAGGACAAAACAGGCAAUGACGAAGAGAUUUUUUUGCUUUAAAAAACAAAAAUUGAUAUUGGGAAUAUCUUUAGGGUUGUACAUGUAGUUGGUCAAUAGGCACUUGGAUAGAAAAAAAAUUAAAAGUCACCUGUUCCACAAUUUCUGUCUGCAAUUCCAAGGUUAGCAGAACCAUUGAUGGCCCUUUUUUGUUAAUUAAAAAAAUCUUUACAGAGGAAAAUAUGAAAUAUUUUACCCAUUGACUUUCGUGAUCCAAAUUGGGAUCAAUGGUGGUGAAUUUUCAAUGUUUUAGGCUACAUCUCAGACAAUGUUUUCUUUUAAAUCAAAUGUACAUCAUCUUUAUGACCAGAACUUCAUGUACUUGAUAUUUGACCUGACAACUUGACCUUUGACAUCGUUUUGGCACAAUCCUCAUACUAGCCUAUAUGGCAAGGUGUGGCAGUAUAUGGCAUCAGCAGAUUAAUUUCAUAUUUCCUACACAAGUAAUAGAAAAUGUAACAGCAACCUAACAGGUAGAAAUCAAAUCUACUCAUAAUUUUUCAUCAUCCAUUAUCACUUCUAAAAGUCCCUAUUAUUAAAACAAACAACAAGUAACCUAAACAAACCAUAGUGGCCUGGAACUUAGCUGUGAUGGCUCCCCCAUGUUGUCAGCUUCAAAACAAAUGACUGGCUUAGCUGCAACCAACUUUAUGGGAGAAUAGUUCCCAAAACAUGCAACUAGAGGUUAGGCAGUCAACAGACUUGCUGGGGCCCGGGACAAGAGACCAUUAUAGGGCCCCCCCACCCCUGCCACCGGCUUGUCACGACAUUAUGCAGUACUUUUAAUGCUUUGCAAGCAAUGACAGUGUAAAAUUUCUAAUUAUUUAAUUUGAGAUAGUUAAAUUUAACAGACUGUAAUGUGAUGUGACACAAUAUAAACAAUUUCCAUUACAAUACAGUACAACUGAGAGUGCCAUGCCUGCCUGCUACGCAACAAAACGGUAUAACACAACAUCCUGUGCCUGCCCCCUCCACAUCCCUGGGGUUAUCAAGCCCUCAAACAGGGAUGCGCCUAGAUUUUUUGACAGCAAAGUCAUUUAUAACAUCAGUGAAAUCCAGUUUUUGAGAAAGCUCGCACUCAAUGGAGAGCAUGGCUAGGUUGUUAAGCCUGCCCUGUGAUAUGGUGGAGCGUAGGUAGUUUUUGUAAACUCAAGAUAAAUCCAGCCACCGACCAGAGUCUGUUCAGCCUCGCGCACCUGCUCCCCCACAUACUAACAAACCCACCUUCUCUCUCCUCGGCUUAACGCAAGCAGCAUGUCUUGCCAUACUGCAGCUCAAUAGGUUACAAGCGGCCGGUGACAGACUCGAAUCGGGCUUUGGUCACGGUGAUCAUGAAUGUAAACGUUCACUGUUAGCGGCUGUUGUUCACUUACCGAAAACACUAUCCACAGCCAACUCUAGCCCUAAUUCUGUGGCUUACUGUCCCCCUUUUAAAAACUUCAUUUUUUCUUGUUCACCUCUAUGAUCUUCAUCUCUAUUUCUUAUAAUGCGCACCUGAUUUAUGAUGACUCGCCUUGUGUAGAGUUUUUAAUAGGGGAAUACGUUUAGUCUCUAGGUUGGUAGGGACAAUAUAACCACAUAACCUGCAUGUACACUUUUUGCUCGGGAUGGGACAUUAAUAGGACCAAACAGAUUGGGUGAAUAGGGGUCAGGGCUACAUUUCUCACCAUUAUGAACCUAAUUAAUUGAUAUGCUAAACCGGGGUGCUCAUUACGUCGAUCACGAUCGACCAGUCGAUCGCAACGCUAGUGUGGGUAGCUCGCGGCAUCCAUGAAAAAAAACAUUUUUUAAUGUACAUAGUUAAUUAUGAUUUUGUUGUGUGUAUGUUGUGUUAUGUGAGCAACAUACGAGGUUAUGUAGCUUCUUGCUCACGUUUUUCGGGGUUGUAUAGUUUCCAGCAGAGUUCACUACAUUUCUCACAGUUUAAUUAAUAUUAACAGUACAAAACACAAACAGAAGGACACUUCUAAGCAGCUCCCUACUUGAGUUUUGCAGUUGUCAUGGAUGAUGAAGACGGCAGGUGCCUUCUCGAUGUGAUUUGUGACCCAGAAGCUCUCAAUGACUUUCUUCAUGGAUCUGAGACCCAUUUGGACACUGACGACCUUUUGGAUGGUUCGGGUGAUCCCACCAGCUCGUUCUUCUCUGCCGCCGAAGGCCAUGUUCCAGAGGUCCAGCCUACAGUCCAGCUCUCGGCCAAUGAGGCGGCAGGUCUGCCAAGAGUCAGUGUUGACCUGGACUUCUUGGAGGAUGAUGACAUCCUGGUCGGCUCCCCCGACGGGGAAGGCGGGAGCAAUGGCAUCGGGACGAACCACGAGCCCUGUGACAUCCUGCAACAGAGCUUGGCCGAGGCUAACAUCACCGAGCAGAGUUUACAAGAAGCCAAUGCAGAGCUGGACCUGGAAUCUUUUGAGAUUCCAGGACUUCCGCAGGUUGUUCAGACACUACCCGAAGCCAGCCUCUCUGGGGCUGCGAGUGCGGCGGUCGGUGUAGGUAUAAGCGUCGGGGGGACAGCGGCGAUCUUUCCAGGGUCGGCCCAAAGCGCUACCGGUACGCCACCGAAUGCAACCGCAGACAUGUUGGGCUCUGUUCUGGCUCAACAAGGCCUUCAGCUUCAACCACAAGUCAUGAAUAAGGCCAUCAGUGUUCAACCGUUCAUGCAGCCUGUGGGCCUUGGGAACGUGACACUUCAACCAAUUUCAAGUCUUCAAACGCUCCCUAACGGAAGCCAGUCUGGACAUUUGGGGAUCGGACAGAUUCAGGUUGUGGGACAACCCACGGUCAUGACGAUCAAUCAGUCGGGGCAGCCCAUCCUGGCCAAAGCCAUGGGUGGCUACCAGCUGCAUCAGUCUGCGCCGGAGGUCUCUGGGGCGACUACUCAAACAGGGCUCAGUGCGCCAGGAGGUGGACUUCUCAUCCAAAGCAACAAAACCACUUUGGGAUCUCCAGCUUUAAAUGGACCAGCCACAGUUGUUAGCAGUACAAAUAGCACCAGUGGCGGCACCAUGACCGCUCCUGCUGGACUUUUGGGCUUCGGAAGCACGCCCUUGAGUUCAGGAAUGGCAUCCCAGACUCAAACUCAAGGCCAAAUUAUGCACAACGUGAUUAUCCAGCGCACACCAACACCCAUUCAGCCUAAACCUCCUCAGGGAGGCACUCUCCAAACAAAACUCUUCAAGCCGCAGCAACAGCAACCCCAGACGGUACCGUCGAACCUGCAAAACGAUGCCACCAAGGCUCUCGGGCUGCAGCAAAUUCCCGUUUCUGCUGCUCAGAAUGUAACUUUCCUUACGGGAAAACCAGGAUCUAACGUUGUACUUGGCACUCAAGCCACCCCGCAAGGUUCGCAGUUCCAGCAAACGCUCUUCAAGCAACAAGCGGCACAAGCAGCGGGGAAGCCGCUCAGCGUGCACUUGUUAAACCAAUCAGGCAGCAUCGUGAUUCCCUCUCAGACGGUUCUGCAAGGGCAGAAUCACCAGUUCCUCCUUCCGCAGUUGCAAGCAGGUGGUCAAAUCCUUACCCAACACCCCGGGGGUCACAUCAUAACCAGCCAGGGCCCUGGUGGGCAGCUCAUUGCCAACCAGAUUUUAACGGCGAACCAGAACAUCAACUUGGGUCAGGUGCUGACCUCCCAGGGACAUCCCGGAGCUGCCCACAUUCUGUCAGGACCCAUUCAACUCCAGCCUGGCCAGAUGGGCGCGCCAACCCUGUUCCAGAUGCCGGUCACAUUGCCUCAGACGCAGAACCAGGCGCAGACCCAUACUGUCUCGGGGCACGGUCCCACAGUCAUCCAAGGCAUGCCCAUCCAGAACUCCUUGACAAUGCUCGGUCAGGUUGAGGGCUUGAGCCCAGCGGUCAGCCUUCAGACUGCUCUGCAAGCUCAGCCAGGUGGCGUCCCCAGCAGCAGCAGUAGUAGUAUUAACAAUUGCAGUAGUAGUAGCAGCACCGGUGCGACCACAGUGGCGGCCACAAUGGCCCAAGGGCAGCCUGGAGAGUGCGUCACUGUACUGGGGACCUCCCCUGACCAGGCUGCCCAGCAGGCCUCAAUGAUCGCCAUGCAGCAACCUACCGCCGCGGUCACAGUCGCGUCGUCAUCAGCUCCGUCCAUCCCCACCUCUUCGUCGCUAACCGCCGUCGGCUUGGUUCCUCAGCAGGCUCAGCACAGUCCAGGAAGACUUCUGUUUACCAACCAGGGUUCCAGCAUGAUCCUGAGCCAGGAGUCUCUACAGAUGUUCCUGCAGCAGCCAGAGAACAGAGAGAGUGAUUUCACCCCCUCUGUGGGCGUCCCGGCGUCCGUAAUCGUCAACAGCGCCAGUGUCACCUCUCCGGCCCAAUUAAGUGACUCGUUGGUGGGUCAGAGCCCCCCAGUGGUCAAGCAGGUACCCUCCAGUGGGCACCAGCAGCCGUUGAAAAUUCAAGGCAUGUCCCCCUCGCCAGCCCUGACCAGUCACGCCACGGCGCCCCCUGUGUCCGACAGCCCCAAGCCCUCGCAGUCGCCGCUGACUCUGAGCCAGCAAAUCCAGUCUCCACACCAACAGCAGUCACGUCCUCCCUCGCAGCCCCAGCCGCCAUCGCAAACUCCUUCCCGCUCUUGCACGCCGUCAUCCCACCCGCCGCCUCUCUUUAUCGUCCACAACCAAGUCACCGAGUCCCCCUCACAGCCCCAAGUGGCGCAACCGCAGUCAACUCCAAUCCAAGUACAACUCCUGUCCCAACCGCGGCCCUCCUCUCAACCGGCACCCUACCAACAGCAGGAUCAGCCCCCCAUGUCCCGGUCGCCCAAGCCCUCGCUCACGCACUCGUUCGCCGCCGCCACGCCGGUUCCCGCUGUGUUAAAAGCACAGGGGCCCAUCCACAGCCUGACUGCGGAUCAGCAGCAGCACUUGGCGCUGUUGGGUUCGCAAAUCCAGACGCUGUCGGCCAUCAGUCAGCCCUCGUUGCAGCAGAAGCAGCUGCUGGAAAAGCUCCACCAGAUUCAGCAAAGCAUCCUGCUGCAGGUCAAGCAGCCCACUCAAGCUCAGGCUCAAGUGCAGGCGCAAGCUCAGGCACAAGCUCAAGCUCUGCCUCCCUCAAACAACCAGUUUAGCGUGCAGCAAGACGUGCCUGUCGACAAAGUGGCAAUCACCUCAUCGGUCAGCGCCACGACACCCGCUCAGCUGACCUCCGCGCUGCAGCCCACCCCCAUGCUCAUUACAAGUACCGCUACAGCCUCAAGUGACUUACAGGUCGUCUCAGGAGUCCAGGGACCAGCUGGAGCCACGGUGAAUAAGACCAUCGCUCCUGUGAGCCUUACACAGCCUGCACAGCCAAAGCCUGGAGUGAUCAGUUCAGUUGGAGGGAUUACUUUGGGUAAAAGUGGCAUGCAGAUCCACGUGUUGGGCGCCAAUGUCACCCAAAUGCCUGCUCCACAGCACCCCGCUCCUCUACAACCUCAGACAACAGUGAAGAUGCCUUUCAGUGCAGAGCCCAGUAAAGAAGCCAGGUUCCUGGAGCAGCUGAGGAAACAUCAAGGCUCGGUUCUCCACCCCAACUACAGCGCUCCUUUCUACUCGUUUGAGGACACGUUGCACCGAUUACUGCCUUACCAUCUCUACCAGGGAACUGCCAACUCGUCUCAAGAUUAUCAGAAAGUGGAUGACGAAUUUGAGAGCGUCUCCUGCCAGCUGCUGAAGAGAACGCAAGCCAUGCUUGAUAAAUAUCGAUACCUCCUCUUUUCCGAAUCAAAGCAGAGACUUGGCCCCUCGGCAGAGAUGGUGAUGAUCGAUCGCAUGUUCAUCCAGGAGGAAAAGCUCGCGUUAAGUCAGGACAGGAUUUUGGCCAAGGAGAGACCAGAGGAAUUUGUCGCCAACGCUCGUCAACUGGAGAGUUUGGCUUCUUCCCAUCAAAAGUCUCCUCUGCCUCAGCUCACCGCCAGUAUCAGCGUCGCCCCAGCCCCCGCCACGGCUCCACCACCACCGCCGGAACCCGCGCCUCCCGUUCCGGCGGUUCCGUCGCACGUCCCACCAAAGCCCCCUCCCGCUCGCACCCCGUCUCCGACUCCUGUCGCCGCCCCUCCCGUCACCCCUCCGCCUACCGCCUCCUUCCCAACAAAACUGGUGAUAAAACAGGGCGGCGGCGGGGCAUCGGUGUCGUGGUCCAGUAGCUGCGCCCCUCCUCCAGGGGGAGCUGAAGCGGUCAACACAAACCCCGUUUUCACGCGCGUACACACAGCCUCAUCAUUGUUCUCCUCCUCAAACUCAAAAAUGGACGACGAUGAUGAUGACGAGCUUCCGCAGAGGGUCAGCAAGCCGCCCAUCAAGACCUACGAGGCGCGGAGGAGGAUCGGCCUGAAGCUUAAAAUCAAGCAGGACCAAACGGGUUUUGGUAAGGUGGUCCACAACACGGCUUUAGACCCCGUACACACAUCUCAGCCCAACAAAUCCCAAACCUCCCCCGCCCCCACACCCGUCGAGGGCUCUCAAACCCAGUCACCCGUACCGGCACCCACGCAGUCCUCGCCCUCCACACAAAUGAACGGCACUCUGGAACACCAUGUACCGGCCCCCGCCAACACCGCCCCCUCGCAGACCACCUGCCGCCUCCCUCUCCGAAAGACUUACCGCGAAAACGUCAGCCCCCGGGUCAGGCCGGGCGUCCCCGGGGGCGGCGGGGACGACGACUCGGCGCCCUACCCGGCCCCAGUGCACGAGAGGACGGUCAUAGCCAGCGUGAAGGUAGAAAAACGGAGCCGGGACCCCGUUGACGAGGUGUUCAAACACGCCGUCAAGGGGUCGAAGGGGAGCGGGGACGAUUGCUCGGAGCAGGGCGACUUCCCCAAAUACAAGAGGACCGGUGGGAAAACAAAACAGCGGCAAGCGGGGACUUUUCGCAUGGACCAGCACGCGCCGGGGCCCCCUUCGCCGGACUUCGCCUCGCUCCCCGCCAAGCGCUGCAAGUCGGACUCGCCCGACAUGGACAACGCCAGCUUCUCUAGCGGCAGCCCCCCCGACGACUCCCUCAACCAGCAUUUGCAAUGCGCCAUCGACAGCAUCCUCAACCUACAGCAGGAGCCCGCGCCCCGUGGGCACCAGCACAAGGGCGGCAACGGCCGGACGCGACCGAGACCCUCGGCGCCGCCGCCCUCGUCGUCUUCCUCCGCCUCGUCCGCCGCUUCCUCGCUGGCCCAGCACGCUCAGGUCAGUGGCCGGGGCCACAAUGGCAGCCUGGUUCCGCAGACUCAGAGUAGAUAACGGCCCCCCCGGCCCCCCGGACUUACAGGGGGAGGGGGGCGCCCGAGGGAAUAGCGAGAGAGGAACGACGACUCUGCCAAGUUUGUCUGCUGUCGUGUUUUUGUCGUCUUCUCCUUCUGUUGUCACAUGACACUGCCCCCCAUCCCCCCAUAAACAUCGCCCCCCUGCACAUUCCAUUUUGGUCUUCCUAAAGCAGUGUUUGGUAACCAUUACUGAGCCAAGGCACAUAUUUUCAUACUCGCACAGCACACUACCAAACAAAAUAUCACAAAAAUCCGCAUUUCACCGGAUCAACCCUAAACUUAACAGGUCAACUUUGAACUUCUCCUAACAUUUGAAUGUCCAAAUGUUAAACUCACUGGCUGCCAUUGGCGGCAAUAGACGUUCAAUUUGUUUAAGGGGGCACUACAUCAAAAUCAAAAUGAAACAAUGAAAAUCAUUUCAAUUCAUAAAAAUCCCAGAGAACCAUAGGCAUGGUUCUAAAGAUCUUAGCAAUACAAUGUUUUACAGUUUAAUACAUUGUGGUUACCAUGGUAACCAAAAUUAAAUGUAAUUGGUUAAUCCCCCUAAAAUGCUUGCUUCUGCGUUAAAUUAUGGGGAAUUUUGUUUUCAUAUUUCAACUAGCAAUAACUGCGCCUCGGAUAUUUGGUCGAUAGAAACAACUCAAACAUUUUUAUUUAGGGAUGUCCCAAUCACAUGUUUUUGCACUUGAAUCCGAGUCACCUAAUCUUGAGGGUUUGCCGAUAACAAAUCCCAAACCGAUACCUCGGCAAUGUAUUCAGCAGGGGGAAAAAGCACACUGAAAUUUAAUUUAUGAAGUUUAGCGCAACAGUGAAUUAAACGAAGUUUAAAAAAAAAAAAACGUAAUUUUUUAAAAUAUAGAAUAUUUUAUGGAAUAUUCUUUCAAAGAGGUAAAUAAUAUAUUGGAAAUUCCACUUAUUGCAUAACUACCAAAAUAUAUUAAAAGAUCAAUCAGUCAAUUUUACUUGGUGCAAGAAAACUGAAGCACUUAAUUCCAACGCUAAAGAUGAAACAUUAAUACAUUUUAAAAGCUUUUUUUUUUUUUUCGCAAAAAAAAAAAUGUUCAGUGUAUUUUUCAAUGUAAAAUUACAGAAUAUUGAAGAUAACAAUGGAAACUCAAAUUUGUGGUAAAAUUACCGAGCAAAAUUAGUGAACAAAAACUUUUACGGCUUUAUUUUUUUGUAUAAAAGCUACAGAACAUUGAAGAUAAGAAUCUAAAGUGUCAGAAUUUCAUCUUGAAGUAAAACCAAAAUGGAAAGAAAAUAGUUUUUUAAAAAUUUUUUAUUUAACAUCGAAGCUAAGAACCAAUAUAGUCGAAAUUGGCUAGCUAGCUAAUUUGUAAUUUGAAGGAGGCCUAAAAACAAAAUUUGAAAUCUUUUUUUUUUUUUGUAGUACUCCCUUUAACUUAAAAUAAUAACUUAAAAUAAUGUCAAAAUAUAUAGCAAAAAAUCAAAAUUUGCAAAGGUAGUAAACUUUGAAGAUAAGAACCUAAACUUUCAAUUUAGCUAGCUAGCUAGCUAGUUAAAUUGUCAAUUUGAAGUAGGCCUAAAAACAAAAUAAAAAUCUUAUUAUUUGGGUAUUACACCCUCUAACUAUCUAAAUAACCCCAAAAUAUGUAGCAAAAAUAGCUAGCAAAAUUUGCGAACGCACUGAACUUCGAAGUUAAGAACCUAAACUUGAAAAAAUAACUAGCCAGCUAGCUAAAUUGUCAAUUCGAAGUAGGCCUAAAAACAAAAUUUGGGAAAAAAAUCAUUUUUGUGUAUUACACCCUUUAACUUGAAAUAACCCCAAAUUUUAGCAAAAAUAGCAAAAUUUGCAAAGGCACUGAACUUUGAAGUUAAGAACCUAAACUUUAAAAAAUAACUAGCUAGCUAGCUAAAUUGUCCAUUCGAAGUAGGCCUAAAAACAAAAUUUUUAAAAAUAAUAAUAAUUUUUGUGUAUUACACCCUUAAACCUGGGGGGGGGAAAAAAAAAAAACUCAAAAUAUGUAGCAAAAAUACCUAGCCAAAUUUGCAAAGUGACUGAACUGUGAAGAUAAGAACCUACAUUUUCCAAAUUAGGUAGCUAGCUAGCUAAAUUGUCAAUUUGAAGUAGGCCUAAAACCAAAAUUUUAAAAUAACAUCUUUUUAAACAUCUUAUAACCUAAAAAUAUAUAGCAAAAAUAGCUAGCAAAAUUUUGCAAAGGUUACUGAACUUCGAAGUUAAGAACCUAAACUUUCAAAAUUAGCUAGCUGGCUAAAUUGUCAAUUUGAGGUACGCCUAAAAACAAAAACAAAAAAAAUUUUUUGGGUUUAGUGGUGGAAGUAACGCCUGUCAUUUUUUAUAAGCAAAAUUAGCAAGCAAACUUGCUAAAUUUGUGAACAAAAACAAUUUUGACUAUUUUUAUCUAAUUAUUUUUGUCUUAAGCUAAACAUUGAAGAUAAGAACCCAAACUGUCCAAUUGCGUAACAAAAUUAGCUAGCUAUUUAGCCAAACCGUCACUCGAGUUGAAAAAAAUAAAAAAUAUCUAUUUUUGGUGUACUGCUCCCUUAAACUGGAAGGGCUAACAGUUAAUCAUGUUUCACUGCCAUUUAUGGGGAAUUUGAUUGCUAGCCCCUACCAAUCAAAAUAGAUUGGACGCCUAUCCUCGUCAAUGUAGACUAAGGAGUCCAUAAUAUCCUUCUUCAAUUGGGAUUGGUAAAUGGCGUUUUCACAUUUUAAUCUCAUUAAACUCCACUCACAAACCAGUAAAUUAUCUCAGCCAGCAGGGGGCAGGCCAAGCACACCCAUUCAUUCUUGAACAGUCAACUUCAUCCUUUCCUCUCCAUGUUUUUGUUUUGUUUUGUUUUUCCAAUGUAAACCUGGCAGGCAAAAGUCCACCUGAAACGCAGCACAAGCGGGCGGCAGCGAGGAAUAAAAGGAACAAUAAUAAUGUACAAAAAAAGAGCGCAAGAGAAUUUGAAGUAUAGUAUUACAGAUUAAUUUUGUAUUGUAUUUAUUGUGUAUAAGGAUACUUUUUAAAAAAGAAAUGUACAUUUAG